AUGGCAUUGAGCGACGCGUGCUUCGCUUCGCCCCUCUUACGGUGCGUCAUGCAGACUUUUUCAAACAAUUGCGACUGCAGAUCGCCUCGAGAGAGAGGAAAAAGACACGAAUUGACGCAUUUAUUCUGAUCUGUGAAACUUUGCCCGGCUCGCACGGUUUCAAAAAGCAACAAGUACGGCAACGAAAUCUUUGUGAGUUUUGUUUUUGGUGCGUGCUCCCGUAAAAUUUUUCCUUGCUUGCUGAUUCAAGAUUAGCUACCCUGCCACGUUGCUGCAAUCUCUCAUGUUGAUGGCAUGCCCAUCUAUCAGACCUCUGCCGCCCCGAACCGCGUCCACUUUACAAGAUCUUCGGACCGAGUGCUGCUGCACGUCUUUGAUCGCAAAGAGGGAGGCGAGAGCGGGAUGUUCAGAAUGUACAAUGGCGACUUGUCCAGAGAUUUCAGUCCUCGUCCCAUCUGGCCCAAGAUUGUGAGUAGGGUACUGCUUGACCAAGGUUUUCUUGAGACCUCUUUGCCCGGCACUCUCUGGGGGCUGGGCUACCAAUAGCACCGUGGGGAUGCAGCCGAAUAGCCAUGGCUGAUCACGAACAUAUCGAUCUCGCUCUGCAGUGGAACGACGUGACUACGCCAGGCCGAUAUGCGAUCCAUGGACCUGGACACAAAGAAGGAGAGCGCAUCCAUUGGGACCAUGCGCAAGGACAAUGGGUGACGACUCGAGAGGAGGAAGCAGCUCUCUUGAAGAAGAUUGCCUCUCCCCGCACGCAUUAG